UUUUGACACGAUGAAUAAACUACUAAAGCAAACGAAACUCACAGAAAGUGGGCCAGAACUUUUUGACUUGUCAUCUGAAAUAAAAAUCUGGGCAUAUGACACAUUCGUACUAACUGCAACAAGAGAACAGAAAAAGAUAGACUUGAGUGAUCUGGAUCUACGCAUCAUUUGGGAAGAUGUAACUGUGAACCACGAAGCUCCGGAGUAUUUCGACAACAGUGUUUGCCGUUUGCCAAAGGCUCAUUCUCUGUUCUCAACGACUUUUCGGAAUAACACUGACACCGAGCAGGAAUACAGUUUUCGUACUGAACGGUGCACUCGAUCAGUGGCUGAAAUUGAAAUACAGCGAGGUGUUAAUAUCUCAAAGGAAAUAGCAAUCAAGUUGGCACUGCCAAAUCAGUUACUGGAAGCCAAUGCGGGAUUCAGGCACGAGUUGUCCCUCAGCUGCACUAGUCGGCAAAUCACCGAGGAGGAACUUUCUUGGGGAGUGGACACAAGAAUUACGGUUCCUCCCAGACAUUCGGCCACAGCAGAGAUCAAAAUCGCCGAAGAGCAAAUGACAACUCAAUUCAAACUGUUGACCACUAUGGAGGGGCGUAUUCGGGCUACCUUCUUGGAUACAACACGAAACCACGCUUUCGUCAAAUACAUCCAAGGUGAUUUGGCCAGCAUUGUGGAAAAGGCGCUUGCAAAGGGUCGCCCUUCAUCCAAUCCAGGGGGCCAACAUCCCCAACUGUGGACAGAGACCAGAAAAAACGGAACAAAAGUUUUGCUGAUUGAAACUUCGGGGAAGUGUACUUUCCGUUUCGGUGUGCAUCAGAUGGUGGAAGUGAAUCAGAAGCCCACUUAACUGAACAAUCUAAUACCAUUGCGUUGCGGUGGGAUUGGUUUUCACUUCGCGACAUUGUCCACAAUUACUAGACGCAAGGAGUAUUUCAACUGCGAACGUUUAUUUGUAAAUCCAUAGGUAUUUAUUGUUUGUACUUUUGCGCCAUCUGAUUUUCAUUUUUGAAAGUAUAAUUUAUCUGAUUGAAUGGUGCUGUAAAUAUUUCUCGUCCGGUAUAUAAAAGCGAAACCGAGAAGCUUUG